AUGACUAACUCGUAUUACGUUGACUAUGGUUGGGGCUUCGUUCAAGAGGAGUUGCCUUCUGUUCAAGACCGACGUUCUCGUCGGGAUGCUGGUUGGAAGCUCAUGUCAGCCACUGGCAUUGGCAUUGGUAUUCUUGCUUUGGUUUACGGUGUUGUCUAUGUGAUGUCAGCCUGUGCUCACUUCUUGCCUGCUCAACCUUUCGAACCCGUCUCUACCAUCCACGCAGAGGUUGUCAAGGCUCGCGCUUUCUAUCCUCGCGGCAAUGGCAAUGACAGCUCCAUCAUUGCAGAGCCAACCCUCGGCCCAGUUGGAGUCAGCGUCCCUGUUUCUACCCAAACUGCUCUCACCACCCUCUGGUCUAUCCGCACCACUGAUGUCUCGACACUGGAUACCCCCGUUCCAGUAAGCGCGACCAUGGAGCCCAACACGACUACUUUGACCACCACUGUCAUUGUGUCGGAGCCUACGGUCGAUUCUUGUACCCUCAAGAACGCUACCCAGACGAAUACUAUCACUGUCACAGUGAUGCCGACUGUGGUCAGUGCUGAUCCCUACGUUCCUGCUUCUCCCUAUUCUGAGUCGAUUGAGGCAUCUUCAGAGAUUUCCUCUCUCGAAAGUCAGACUGAGCAAGGCACUGUAACCCAGUUCACUACCAUCAACGUGCCCUGGAACACAGAGGACUCCCCCCAUGUUACCGUCACCAGCACCAAAACUGUGCAGAGAACCGCAUCUACUCUCACUUUAACCGUGGUUGCUAGUGUGGGAAGCGGCACACCCGCCGUUUCCUUCCAGUCGUCUGCUGAUGCUGUUGGCACAAGUGAUUCUCCAUUGACAAUCACAGAGGUCGUCACCACCACAGCUGGAGAAACUCCUACCUCGACGAUGACUGUAUUCAUGUCGUCUGCUACCAGUGGAAAUUCCAACGACACCUACGGCGACCCUCCAGUUAUUAUUUCAGAGGCUUCGUCCCGAUGCUUUUCUUUCAAGACAUUCUUGGCAGCCCUGUUUGUUUGGGGGUUGUUUGUGUAG